AUGGGAUUUGGCAGCCCGGCUCAUUUUGAGCAGCCACGUCUCAGGCUGGAUGCGUGCCUCGCCACCCUAGAGGACCUGCUCCAGGUGGAGUCGGGCCACGCCGCGGCGAAGCAGAUGCAGCAGGAGGCGGAGCGCGAGUGGCAGAAGCAGUGCCGAGAUCAAAAGAAGAACUUCAGGAAGAUGUUCGACAAGCUCUCCGGGGAGGACAAGGAGGCUGAGGAGCGCGAGCGCCAAGAGCGUCAAGCGCUGCGGUCAAAGUGCGCCAUUCGAUGGACUGCGGACGACGUGGACUCGGGGGCCUUUAGCGCCGGCGACGCCCCGCCCUGCGACGGCAAGGAUUGGGGCCUCUCCCUCAGCAGGACGGUGCUCUGGUCACUGGAGCAGAUGGCGCUGGAGGGGCAGAAUGUCAUUCCCACAGAUCUCAGCCGGGCCACGAUGUGGUUCUUGGGCGUGUCCUCCACCUGCGAGCUGAGAUGGCUGAGACCCGUGGAGCUGCUGAAGCGGCUGCCAACAGUUCACUGUCUGGAGUUGGAGUUGAUCGGCUUCCUCGGUGAGAUCGAUCCCGACAACUCCCGGGUGCCGGAUCCCAAGGCGGAUCAGCUGCCGGAGGGCAUCUUGGAGACGGAGCAUGAAGGGCGUCAAGCGUUGCUAAGAGCUACCAAAGGCUCGCUGGAUGAUGCGCUGAAGCAGGAGCUGAUUCCAGCCGACACCCCGGAGGCUCUGCCGCAGGUGUGCUUCAUCGCCCACCCGCAGCUGCACCGGUACUACACCGAGUUCCAUCCAGCCAUCUGUUGGCUAAUCAAGAAUAAUGUGCCCACCAUCAUCAUUGGGGCGUCUGAGCCGGACCCCUCCUGGAAGCAGGAUGAGGUUCUGCUGAAGAAGUUGGGUGCAGAGAUCCUGGUGUCCAGGAGGGAGUCGCCAUAUCCGAUGUGCCUACCAGGGAAUUCCACGGUCCGGAAAUGCAGUCACAUCAUCGGUUUCAAGGGCGGCAAGGCGCUGGAAAGGGACAAGCUGAUGACCGCCAAAGUGGAGCUUUUGGCCGAUGACUAUGUGGUGCGAUGA